CAGGCCAAUAGAUGGCGCUGUUGCACUGUUGUAGCAGGAGAAACAUUAAGUUCUGGCCAAGCGCUCACCAUUCUGCAGAAUAAGGACCAGAACUUUACAGAGGUAAACUGUGUCAGUUCUUUUACUAUUACAGUUCAUCGUGGCCCUGUAGUUCGCCUCCUUCACCAAAGCUCUGUCAGGGACCUACAUGAAGAGUGCCAUCACUCAGAGAGACACUUUGACCUGUCCAGCUCUCUCAUCGGACUCAUAGACGGCAGCUUUGAGAUGGGUAUCAACAAUAACAUUGAGUUGCUUGAGAAUUCAUGUAGUAAAAACCAGCCGGUCAUCAGGGGCAACAGUGGAUGUUGUACUUGACAAGACAGAGGUUCUUCUGACAUGGUCUGGAGUCGGAUGUGAGAGAGUAUGUCAAGACCUGCAAGAGGUGUGUGUUCAGUAAGCCAGUAGGCCAGAGCUCCACUGGAAAACAUCACGACUGAGCCCCUCAAGUUGGUGUGUGUGGACUUCUGGUCUGCUGAAGACUCCAACAAGUCCUUGGAUGUUCUGGUCGUCACUGAUCAUUUUACUAAGAUGGCCCAUGCCUUCUUGUGUCCGAACCAAUCAGCUAAAGCAGUGGCCCUUCAGCUGUGGAACAACAUCUUCUGUGUGUAUGGUUUUCCUCGUUGUAUCCACUCUGACCAAGAGGCCAACUUUGAAAGUAAAUUGACUGCUGAGUUGUUGAGUGCUGCAGGAGUCGCACACAACUCCCUACCAUCCGAUGGGGAACGAGGGAGUCGAAAGGUUCAAUAGAAUGCUGGGAAACAUGAUCAGGGCUUUACCUACGAGAGCGAAGCACAGGUGGCCACGGAAGCUGAAGUCGUUAACCUUCGCCUACAACUGUACAGUCCAUGAAACCACGGGCCACGCCCCUUUCCAGUUGAUGUUUGGGAGAACCCCACAUCUGCCUAUCGACAUGAUGUUUGGUACGGCGCUACAAGACUCAGAUGUUGUAGACUAUGACGAGUACAUCAAGUCCCUGACGAGAGACCUGAGGGAGGCCAUGGAGAUACAGGUGUUGGCAACCAAACAGCUGAAGAGUCAUGCGGGCCUCUACAACAGGAAGAUCAGAGGAGCUCCAGUGGAGAUCGGUGAUCGGGUGCUACUGGCGAAUAAGGGUGAACGUGGAAAGAGGAAGCUGGCGGAUCGCUGGGAGAACAACCUCAAAAUUGUUACAGAGAAGAAUAGUGACGUCCACAUCUUCAAGAUACAGAACAUGUCGACUGGACAGGAGAAAACGGUCCACCGUAAUCUGAUAAUGCCUGUAAACUUCUUGCCUCUCCCUGACACUGCCUUAGAGGAUGGGGGACAAUGGUUUAUUGAGGAGUAUGAAGGAAAUGUUAGGUAAUAUACCUUUUUUAAUAGAGAAGUGUUUGAGGCUUGGGGGCAGUUUUUAGCAAAUAGUUAUUAUGAAUGUACCAUUUUAGAAAAUAUUUUAAA